AUGGCUACCGACAAGACUAACCAGGAGAACACCGGCGGCCGUGUUCAAGAGGUCGAUCAGCCCGGCUCUGAUGUCGAGGACUGGGAGUUUGUCCACGAGUACUCCUUCAAGUAUCAGUCUGGCGACAACAGGUCUGUCAACGAGAAGUCUGCCCGCGAUGCUGUUGUCAACGGCGUCACCAAGAGCCCCACCGUCGACGAUAAGCAGGCCGACGGCGAGGUAACCGACCAGCAAGAGGAGGACAUGACCACGGACGUCGAUGAGAACUUGGCUGCCAAGAGAGAGAAGAAGAGAGAGAAGAGACGUGCCUACAAGAAGCGUGCCCAGGAGAGACGCGCCCAGGAGAAGGUGCAGGAGAAGGUGCAGGAGAAGGACACCGUCGCCGAUGUCACCAACCAGAACGAGCAGAUCUCCGACCAGAACCAUCAGAAGCUGGCCGAGACCCUGGCUGAGGUCACCUUCGCCAAGAAGCAGAUUGACGAUGAGAUCCGCAGUCUCCAGAAUGCGCAGAAGGUUGCGCAGAACAUGGUCGACAAGCUCAACGAGGAGAUGACCCAGAAGAUGUCUGAUAUUGGAAUCGCCGACAAGGAGACCGACAAGAAGACCCAGAAGGAGGCCUUCUUGGCUGAGCUCAUCUCGGACUGGGAUGAGUACUUUGGAGAUGGUGACCUCGACGACUGGCAGCGCCUCUGCGGUGACUUGGGUCUGCCCACCGACCUGCCUAGCAAGACACAGUGUCGCAAAGCUAUCAGAACUGUCCACGUCAAUAUUCGUCAGUUCCUCGACGCCGUCCCCAAGCCCGAGACCGUCAUCUUCUUCAAGAACGUCUACAAGCUUGCCCACUGGUCGCGCAAGAGCAAGAAGUUGGUUCCCAAGGAUCUCAUUACCCGCGGAACUCCCAUGCGCGCCCUCAUGCGUGAGCUCAGUCGCUGCUACUAA